GCAAUAGGUAACAGGAGUGAGUAGGAGGUAUAUACGAGGAGGAGAUAGCGUGAGGAAAAAGAGAAGUGGUUAAGAAAGCUGUCAGAGUUGGACAGAGUGGAGUUCUCGAGAUUGUUAGAAACGAAAAGUUCGAUUGUUCGUUAAUCCUCUUCUUGGUACGUGAGUUAAUUUCUAGUAAAUUCUCUGUAAGACAAAUUAUACCGAUGGACGACGUUGCGGAUUCGCGAGGGCGAGAGGCGAUGCUACCCGACCACAGUGGUAUCAGCGGUAGUAUUGCGUGCUGCAAUGUAAACAUGACGUCGAUAGACUCGGGAGUGGAAACCGGGAACGAUUCGAACGACAGCUCGAUCGUCCAGCAGGAGGGUCACCAGCAACAGCAAGUCGUCGCUAGUCAGGUCAUCAGUAACGGCGUCACAACCGUCGACACUAAUUCCAUUGGAGAGUUUCCCAAUCUGAACAUGUAUGAUUGGCCUGCUUUAAUACAUCCUCUGUUUGUUCCCGAUGAAAGUAGACGGACCUCGCCCGAGGUCACUGUGAUGUUGCAAAAGAACAGGCUACUUAAAAUCAAUGCCGAGACCUUAGAAAUAACACGGAAUAAACACAAGAUUAGAGAAUUAUCGACACCCUCUGAUCUAUACCGCCCCAAAAUAAGAGUACGUGUUCUUCGUACAUGGCGUAAAAAUACGAAUACCCAAGCUGUAGCCUGGAAUGAUUGGCAAACCGAACGUAUUCAACGAAAUAUGCGGUUGGCUGCUACGAGGAAUAAUGUGUCUUUGAUGAAAAGUCUUUUGGAAUUUGGCGUAUCACCUAAUAAUCAUGACGAUCAUGGACGAACUCCUCUUCAUAUUUCAGCUUGCAGGGGUUAUACAGAAAUAGUUCGUUUAUUACUAGAAAACGGUGCAGACCCGAAUCAACGUGACUGUAUAGGAAACACACCGUUGCAUCUAGCCAUGGUUAACAGCAAGCUAUCAGUAGUGACACUGCUCUUAACAGCUGGUACUGACGUUCUUGCAUUAGAUUCAUAUGGUUACAAUCCAUUGCAACUAGCGAAAGCGAAAUUAAGGAUGUUACAAAGAAACUGUAAUAAUGAGGAUUUGCUUGAGAUCAAGGAAGAGAUGCGUAAUAUAAUUAAUAUGUUGAUGGCAUAUCUGCAAAAGAAUAUGCGAGAACAGGUAGAAACGUUGAGCAAUUUUUGUUCACGUCUUUCCUUGUCUAAUACCUCAGAUCAGGUUCAGGAUAAUGUUAAAGAUUUACUGACAAACAUAAAUGCUCUUAGUAUAACUGAUUAAUCACGAAUAAGAUAUGCUAUUGUAAUAUUAUACACAUCAUUCGUAUAAAUUUUAGUAACAUUUUUAUUAAAAACUUAAAAAAAUAUAUAUGUCUUUGUGUAUUGUGCUUUUAUGUGUGUCUAUGCAAACGAGACCGCAUUUUAUUCAUAAAUGUAAUCGGUUUUUUAUAUCUUGCAAAGAUUUAAUUUUUUUAUCGUCAUACUUUUUAAGAAAAAGUCAUUUGAGAAUUUGGUUAACUCCAAAAAUAUGAUUGAUUUUAAUUUAAUGUAUGGUAUAAAAAUAUUACAAUACUUGUAAUUACAUAUGUGAUAAGAUACUUAGGUUUCUCUCUCUCUUUCUCUCUCUCUCUCUCUCUCUCUCUUUCUUUCUCUGUAGAUUUAAUACCUAUGAAUUAGACAUAAUUAGUAAUUAAUAGAAUGGACAAAAGUGAUUAGUUUUUGUAUUUUGCGAUUGUUUUUAUACAGUAGCAAUAAAAAAAUAUUAAAAAAUUAUGAAUUGUAAUAAUCCAAAGAGAGCUCAAUUGAGAGACCGAAAUAAUAUAUUAGGUGUUGGAAUUAAUUCGUAGCGUUUUACAAGUGAUG